AUGACAGACCAAAAGCGGAUCGGACUCAUCGGGCUCUCAGCCAAAGGCUCAUGGGCGUCCCGGUCUCACCUGCCGUAUCUGCAGCAAACAUCGCUCUACAAGAUUACAGCUCUUCAAAACAGCUCCAAGGCAUCCGCUCAGGCCGCCGCAAAAGAGUUCUUCUUGGACGACGUUGCAACUUACGCUGAUCCCUCUGCAAUCGCAUCCGAUCCGAAUGUCGACAUCGUAGCUGUCAGCGUCAACGUUCCUGAGCACUACGCUCUCACCAAGCCUGCUCUUGAGGCUGGCAAGGAUGUGUUCGUCGAAUGGCCGCUGGCUCGCAACCUUGCUGAAGCCGAAGAGCUUACGCAGUUAGCGAAAGACAAGGGUGUCAGGACGAUGAUUGGCCUGCAAGCACGCCAGAACCCAUCAGUUGUGAAGGCCAAAGAAAUUGUAGAGUCGGGGAAGCUUGGCAAGAUUCUAACCACCACCAUGUUUGGACAUGGCAUGAUAUUUGGUCCUACAAUUCAUGAAGGCUUCUUAUACGGCCUACCCAUCGAGGCGGGCGCAAACCUGCUCACUAUUCCAUUCGGCCAUGCUGUGGACGCAUUGUGUUACGUUCUUGGCGAGAUCAAAGACAUCUCAGCUACUCUUGCAAACCUCCUUCCCAAGCUCGACUUAGUUGGCAAGGACGGCAAGCCUGCAGGCAAGGUCAAGAAGACAGCACACGAUCAUGUCAGUAUCACAGGACAGCUUGAGAACGGCGGUGGUGUCGUUAAUGUGACCUACGCUGGUGGUCUUUCGCGCAGCAAUCGAGACUUUUACUGGGAGAUCAUCGGUACGGAAGGCACCCUGGUGCUAGAGGGACCGACGAUGGGCGGACACGUUCAAAUGUACCAGCCCACAAUCAAGCUUGCGAGAUCUGAUCCACAAGUGGCCUUGUAUGGCGCAACAUCAGACGCAAAGCAAGAACUGGAGGCUGUCGAGGUCGAGAAGGCGUCCGAGAUGUCGUUCAACGUGGGCAGAGCAUGGGAUGCCUGGGCCGGUGUCGGGCUGGACAAAGGUCAUCACGUGACAACGUUCGAGAACGCCCUUUUAAGGCACAAGAUGAUCGAUGCCAUAUAUCGAAGUGCAGAAAAGGGCACAAGGGAAAACUACGUGUAGGCUGCAGAGACGUGUGAGUUAACAAUCGACGUUGAUGAGGCUCUUCGAUGGUCCGAAUGCCG